AUGCCUCGUCGGUUCAGCAACAACUCUUCCAUCGACACCCCUUCCUACUCUCCCUCCCUUUCACCUUCCACGGGAAAGGGCAGCAACGUCACCAAGGCGCCCUCGGUCAAGUCCCAUCGCCUGUCCCAAUUCUUCUCGGUCUCGCCCAAAUCCAAGGCCGACUCUCAACCUACUCAGUCGACCCCUCUGUCGGCCAGUGGGAAUCCUAAUACCUCCCCGCCGAUCAGUUCGGCAUCACUGUCCCUACCGACAAUCUCUCUCUCCACCGCUACCGCCGAUAACCCGAAUAUGGAAGAAUCCCCGACCACACUCUUCCAGCCGCCAACUCCCGAGGAGGCCCGCCGGCUGGCCAAGCAACAUGCCCAAUUCGGUCCCAUCGGUCACGCGAGUCACCGAUACUCCAGUCGACACCCCGGUGGUGUCUUCCCGGAGCCGGUGAUGGAUGAGCCGCCGUAUUAUUAUCUGCUUACGACGUACAUCAGUUACCUAAUCUUAAUUGCUUUUGGUCACGUCCGUGAUUUCUUUGGAAAGCGCUUCCGCGAGGAAAAUUACCGUCACCUCAAGGCUCGCAAUGGCUACGGCGCCCUGAACAGUGAUUUCGACAACUUCUAUGUGCGCCGUCUCAAGUUGCGUAUCAAUGACUGCUUUGAGCGCCCCGUUACCGGUGUCCCCGGCCGCACCAUCACCCUGAUUGACCGGGCCACCGACGACUACAACCACCACUUCUACCUAACCGGCACCACCACUGAUACAUUGAACCUGAGCUCUUACAACUAUCUGGGAUUCGCCCAGUCGGAAGGACCCUGUGCGGAUAUCUCGGAAGACUCUGUCCGCAAGUACGGUAUCAGCACGCCUAGUACUCGUGCAGAGGCUGGCACUCAAGAUCUCCACGUCGAGGUGGAGGAUCUAAUUGCGAAGUUUGUGGGCAAGGAGGCGUCCAUGGUGUACUCUAUGGGAUUCGGCACCAACGCCAGCAUCUUCCCCGCUCUCGUUUCCAAGGGCUGUCUUCUUAUUUCUGAUGAAUUGAACCAUGCCUCUAUCCGUUUUGGUGCUCGUCUUUCUGGUGCUUCAAUUGCCAUGUUCAAGCACAAUGACAUGAGAGACCUUGAAAUCAAGCUCCGCGAGGCCAUCUCUCAAGGUCAACCCCGUACCCAUCGUCCCUGGAAGAAGAUCUUGGUUGUUGUCGAGGGUCUUUACUCCAUGGAAGGAUCCAUGUGUAACCUCCCUGGUCUUGUUGAGUUGAAGCACCGUUACAAGUUCCACCUGUUCGUUGACGAGGCUCAUUCUAUUGGUGCCAUCGGUCCUCUGGGCAAGGGUGUGUGUGACUUCUUCAGUAUUCCCACUUCUGAAGUGGACGUCUUGAUGGGAACCCUUACCAAAUCAUUCGGUGCCAACGGUGGAUACAUUGCAGCCGAUAAGGCGAUGAUUGACAAGCUCCGUGCCACCAGCUCCGGUAUCUUCUACGGAGAGGCUCCCGCGCCGGCUGUGCUCACCCAAAUUUCCUCCGCACUUCGUAUCAUUAAGGGCGAUCUUGUUCCUGGCCAAGGUGAGGAGCGAUUGCAGCGAUUGGCUUUCAACUCACGAUACCUUCGCCUGGGCCUCAAGCGUCUUGGCUUUAUAGUGUACGGUCACGACGAUUCGCCCAUCAUUCCUGUUUUGCUCUUCAACCCUGCCAAGAUGCCCGCAUUUUCCCAUGAGAUGCUUAAACGCAAGAUCUCCGUUGUGGUUGUUGGUUACCCUGCUACUCCUUUGGUUUCAUCCCGUGCUCGUUUCUGUGUAUCGGCUGCUCACACCAAGGACGAUCUCGACCGAGUUCUGAGGGCCUGUGAUGAGAUUGGCAAUGUCCUACAACUGAAGUUCUCUACCGGUAUUGCCGGUGGUGGGCUCCCACCUGCCGAAGAUAUCGCUCCCCCACCUGAGAUGGAGAAGGAUUGGCAACUUAAGCGCACACCCAACCUGUCUCCUCCCCGAUGGCGGGUUGAGGAUGUUGUCCGACGUGGAGUUCAGGAUGUCAAGUCACCCUUGUAUUAG